AUGGCUAAAUCAGCUCUUUCACUUUCCAUUCCCCUCCUUUUCCUUCUGCUUUUGUCCCUCAAUUCAGAAGGGCCUCUGAAGCAUGCUGAUGCAAAGGGGAAUAGUACUUGGUGUGUUGCCAAGCCUUCUUCAAGCGAUGCAGAACUGACAGCAAACAUCAACUUCUCCUGCGAUCAACUGAAAGAUUGCAAGGUGAUACAAGAAGGAGGCCCAUGCUUUUUACCCAACACCCUCAUGCACCAUGCUUCUGUUGUCAUGAAUCUUUACUACAAACAGAUGGGCCAAAACAGCUGGAACUGUGACUUCAUCAGCUCUGCUCUCAUCACUUUCACUGAUCCAAAAGGGCCUCUGAAGCAUGCUAAUGCAAAGGGGAAUAGAAGUUGGUGUGUUGCUAAGCCUUCUUCAAGCGAUGCAGAACUGACAGCAAACAUCAACUUCUCCUGCGAUCAACUGAAAGAUUGCAAGCUGAUACAAGAAGGAGGCCAAUGCUUUUUACCCAACACCCUCAUUCACCAUGCUUCUGUUGUCAUGAAUCUUUACUACAAACAGAUGGGCCAAAACAGCUGGAACUGUGACUUCAUCAGCUCUGCUCUCAUCACUCUCACUGAUCCAAGUAAUGAUUGCUGCACUUAUGCUUAG